AGUCUUCGAAUUAACCGAUUUCCCCCACUCCUUCCUCGUCGUGAAUGGAACCGACGGUAACACCGUUGGAGCCGGAGGCUCAAUUGGGAGAUGAAUUCGUUCACGUCGAUGACCAAAGGCCUCCCGGAGAAACCUCAUUAAGCGACAGCAUAGUGAAUGUGGAGAACGAGGAGGAGGAAGAAGAACAUAGCGAUUCCGGUUCAGUGAUAACCGGCGUCGGUUCGAUCGUUGAGUCUGGUGACGAUGGUAUCUACAGUGGAGAGGAUGGUGGUGACUUUGCUGUGGAGACGAAGACGAAACUGGAGCUGCCUGAGGAAUAUGCGAAAAGCGUUAUGGUUCUAACGUGCGAUUCCAAAGCUGAGGGAGGAUCUUGUGAUGUGUAUUUGAUUGGUACUGCUCAUGUAUCAGAGGAAUCAUGUCGAGAAGUUGAAGCUAUAGUCAGCUACAUGAAACCAGAGGUCGUCUUCGUAGAGUUGUGUCCAAGCCGAUUGUCUAUUCUCACUCCUCAGGCUGUGAAGGUUCCGACCGUGUGGGAAAUGAUAGACAUGUGGAAGAAGAAACACAAUCCAUUCGGAAUAGUCUAUGGAUGGUUUCUUGCAACGAUCGCCAGCAAGCUUGAAGUUUUACCUGGUGCUGAGUUUCGUGUGGCAUAUGAAGAAGCAGACAAAUAUGGUGGCAAGGUGUUUCUAGGUGAUCGUCCAGUACAGAUCACGUUAAAGAGAACUUGGGCUAAAAUGCCUCUAUGGCACAAAGUAAAGUUUCUGUACAGCUUAGUGUUUCAAGCUGUCUUUCUACCAAGCCCUGAGGAACUUGACAAGAUGCUGAAAGCUAUGAACGAUGUGGAUAUGCUGACAUUGGUGAUUCAAGAAAUGAGCAAGGAGUUUCCAUCUCUCAUGGAUACACUUGUGCAUGAGAGAGAUAAGUACAUGGCAUGUAUGUUGUUAAGAGUUGCAAGUGAGCAUAGCUCGGUCGUGGCAGUUGUUGGUAGAGGGCAUCUUCAAGGGAUCAAGAAGAACUGGAACCAACCUAUAAAGAUGAAGGAUCUGUUGGAGAUACCGAAGAAUGAAUCAAUUUUUACUGUAAAGAAUUUUCUGACAUCUCUGGCGAUUCUAGUCUGUUGGACAGGUAUAGUUUCCCGCAUAUCUAUUGCAAGCAGAAGUUAAACAAAUCUCGAGGCAGAGAGAAUAAUCUCUCAUGAGGCCAAUAAAUAUUAGGCUAAAUAACAGAUGAUUUUACAUAGAUUUGCAGUAGCUGUUAUAAUCUAUGUUGUCAUGAUUUUAUUUAUCUUUGGUUUAUCGGUUGAAUAAUUUCGUAACAGUUAUACAAAUCA